AUGAAUAAUAAAACAGAUAAAAUAGUAAAUCUAUCACAUUUAAUAUUAAAUAAAAUAAUAAGCAACUUAAAAGAUAUCGUUGAUCGCAUUUGUUUCAGUUUAGUUUGCAAGAGAUGGUACAAUGAUCGAGAUAAAUAUUUAAUAUUCAACACUGAUAGUAUCCCCAUAUUUCCACUUAAUACCACUGAUAUCAAUCAAUAUCAUAAACAUUUCAAAUUACCAUCAUAUAAUAAUAUCUUUAUUAAAUCAAUUCAAUCAAAGACUGAUUGUAGACUUUUUAUUGGUUAUACCAAAAAAGAUUAUAAUAUAGAUGAUGUUAGAAAUCUCAAAAGUAUUCCCGACAAUGUUUCAAAUAUCUAUAUUUCUCCCAAAUCUUUUUUAGAAGAGGAGCAGGAGUAUCUCUAUAAACUGAUAUCAGAAUCACAAUCAGUUACAAAGUUGGAUGGAUGCAAGACAUUGAAAUAUGGAUUAUCAAAUUCAGUCAAAUCUGUUGAAUUGAAGAAUUUUAAUGAACCACUUUUGAAAGGAUCAUUUCCCAAUUCAUUAAAAGUGUUGAAUUUUAAUAAUACUAUCGAAAAAGCGGUUCGGCCUGGUGUACUUCCCGAUGGUUUGCACACACUUACUCUAGACAACUAUCAAAUUGAAAUUCCCCAAGGCGCACUUCCAGAAGGUUUGCAAAAUCUUUCUCUAAUCAAAUAUCGACAAACAAUUCGACCGGGUGUACUUCCAGAUGGUUUACGUGUAAUUUCUUUUUUCAAAUACCAACAUGAAAUUCUACCAGGUGUACUUCCAGUUGGUUUACUCGAUUGUAUUUUCUCUUCCUACGAUUUCGAAAUUAAACAGGGUGUACUUCCAGUUGGUUUGCUAGAAUUGUUCGUAGAAGGCAGAUAUUAUUAUCAAUAUGAAAUUCAACCAGGAGUACUUCCAUUGUCUCUUGAACGUUUAUAUCUUUAUAGUUAUAUUCCACCACCCGAACCUGUAGCAUUACAACCAAACCUAGAAGAUUUACAAUAUUCAGCCGAAUCUUGUUUACCAAUAUCGUGGUUACAAGCCAUAUCAUCACUUUCCAAACUUCAAUCACUUACAGUUGAUUUUCAUGAUGAAGUUGGUAGAGAUACCACAAUUUUCAAUGUCAACUACCUCCCUCGAACUAUAAAAUCAUUCUACUGUAACAUACGAACGAAAUUGAGAGGAACAAUGCCAACAUCAUUGAAAAGAGUCAAUCUUGAUGAUUGUCAAUUUAAUAUCAAUGAAAUUUUCCCAGAAACAUUGCAAUAUCACUUUGAAUUAUUCCAAUAUGAAUAUAAUAGUAUUCUUACAAUCGCAUCAAACAUAAGGAUCGAUGAAUUGAUAAUAUGUGGAGAAUCAAGAGAAUCAACGAUAACUCUACCAUCUGGCGUUGGAAAAAUUACAUUGUUUUUUAAUUGGUUAAAUUCAAAUGAGAAUAUAAUUGACUUUGUUGGAGAUGGUUCUGCUGAUCAAUCAUGCUCAUUAAGAGAAUUACGUCUUCCAACAUUCAAAGAUGGACCUCCUAAAAUAGUUAAACUACCAAACACCAUUGAAUAUAUGGAUAUUGGUAAAAAUGAAAUCAAUAAUAUUUUACAUUUAAUACCAUCAACACUCAGAACACUUGUCCUUGAAAAUCGUUCUGAUAUCAAUAUCACCAUUGGCAGCUCAAUCAAAUCAAUCAACAAAAUCAUUUGUAAUAUAACAAAAACUAUUAGAAAGUUGGAUAAAGAAUAUUAUAUAAUGAAUGAUUUAUCUGCAAAAUUAAUUGCUAAAAUAUUUCACCAUUCCAAACUUGAACAAAUUUUAAACAAUGUACAAUAA